AUCAAACAACCAAAGCUUCCACUACACUCUUGCACUACACUCUCUGUUCCGGAACAUACGAACGGUAGAAAAAUGAGCACACUUGACAGCGCCUCGACGAGCGCGGCCACAAUCGUCGGUUCCGACUGCUAUAUCUGCAUGCAGGAGGGCACGCCCAGCCGCCCUCUGCUGACUCCCUGUGACUGCAAGGGUCGCCCGGUGCACCGCGAUUGCCUAGCGCGGUGGCAGCUGCACCAGUCCGGAAAGAGCGAGGAGACCACCUGCCGCUUUUGCUACAAGGCGCUGCCAGACUGGCGCCCGACCCUCUUGGGAGAUGACAAUUCCUCUUCGGACAUCACCGGUCCCCGGCCCCUGCUUGCCAAGGUCAUCUUCAACAACCAGGUUCACAUCUUGCCCAUUCUUCCGGGGCCGGAGGGCAAGGCAGAGUUCAAGCGGCGGGUCAAUGAGCUAUUCGGUCUCACGAACCGCAUGUUCGACGUAAAUUUUGAGGUCAAGGUCAAGGAGGACAAGUACUCGCUGCAGGGCCUCAGCGCCUAUGAGGCGGCCACGCGCUGUGCGGUCAUGUCGGCCCGCCGCCCGUCGGACCCGCAGGAGCACGGGCAGCAACAGGAGCACGGCGGGAGCGCGCAGCAGGUGGACGGGGCCGCCUCGGCCUCGGCUGCUGCGGGCAGCCCCAACGCGGCCGUGCCGGUGUAACAUACACAUGUGUAUAUCACAGCCCCUAUAGCAACUACGGCGGGCGUUUGUAUCAUUGGCGGCGUGCACGUACAGUAUGUGUGAACCUUCAAACGGCUCUGAAGGGACGGACCUCUGCGCACGCGAUGCGCUGGCGAGCGGUGGUGGUGGUGGUGGUGGCAGCAGCAGCAGCUGCAGCUGCGUUGGCACAGCAGCAGUGGCAGCAGCAGCAGUAGCUGCGGCAUCGUUGGCAGCAGCUAGCUGUGCGACACCGGUGGUGGCCAGGCUGUAGCAGGCGCUGGGCUGGGGACGCAAACCUAGUGCAGGUGCUGCACCUGCAAGCCCGGCUUGGCCCAGCUAGCUGGUUUGUUGUGUACAACAGCCCGACGGCACACGUUUACUCAAAUGUGGGCAACUCUGCAAUUGUUAUGCGUGCAUGAACUGUUAUCUGUUGUGUUGUGUGUGCGUGCGUGUGUUGUGUGGGACCUGAGCGGUCUCCUGCGUGUAUGAUGGCAGUGUGCAGUCCGUAGCUGUGCAUGCGUGUAUGUCUUCAAAAUGCACUGUGUGUUUCUCAAUUUCUUGCGGACUACGGACACAGAAUUGCGGCUUUGUGGAGGCGGGUUACACGUGAAUUUGCGGCUUUGUCUUCUUGCGUGCUUCGGGGCGUGGCGUGGCGAUAAUCGCAACCCGGUGGCACGCAAGUGUGUGCCCACGCCUUUUUGGCCUGCUUGAUCCCUGCUGAUCCUUGGGUGAAAUCUUGGGGCAGCGGAGUCAUGAGCCGUGCAUGGGCGGUUUGGUUUUGACGGAACAGCACUCCACGCUUGGGACACACUAAUCCUCUGCUCUUUGCCGGAAUCAAGGCGGAGAGCAAAGGGAGGGCGUGUGCUGCUCAAACCGUCACUCCCUAGGGCUGGAGGUGCGGCGGGAGUCGGGGCGGCUUGCUUGCCUGCGUUGCUCUGGGCGUUUUGCCGCUGUGUCCGCGCGUGUGUGCCUCGCAUUAGCCACUGCUGCCGCGCACUGACAAAACAGAGGAUAGCUUUGACCUCAAGUGCAUAAAUGUUGGCGGAUGUUUACGGAUGAUGGGUGAUUGGUGCUUGCUGGUUGGGGAGGUGGGCAAUGGGCAGGGCGCCUGCGUGGGCGCCAGCGGCUCUGGGGGAAUGUGGCCGGUCGUGGAGGCUGAGUGCGAAAUGACGCCUUCCCUCUGCUUUUGGGAGCGGCCUUGCUGCUAUGACCGGGGUGUGUGUGUGCGUGUGCGUGUGCGUGUGCGUGUGCGUGUGUGUGUGUGUGUGCGUAUGCGUUUGUGCAUGAGGAUACAAAUGCAUUGCUCACCAGAAGCGCUAGCAAAUAGAUUUGAUAAGCCUAAGAUGGCAUCCGCACCUAGCAGCGGCCGAACACAAAUGCCAUAACGCAAUUGUACGAUUAUGGUUGGCGUAUGGGGUGGGGGGGAGAGUGAGAAGCGUCUGGCAUUGUUGCUCAAGCGUAUUGCGGCAAUAUUGGGGUCACGCGACUCAUGACGGCUUGGGGUGAUGCAAUGCACCUGUGCCCGUACCGAGUGGAAGAAGAUUCAGCGGCCGUGAGCGUGCUAGCGUGAAGAGCAUGCUAGUCAAGGUGUGCGAGCCCGUGCCGUGAGCGGCGCGAGGUUGGUGAGAUUAGGGGCGUACGGGCUGGAAUGAGGUUCGGACCCUCGCACGCUUGAUAUGGUUGCGUUCUGUCACGACGGGGCUAGGGUCUAUGCUGUAUGCAGUGAACAUCGGGAAGGUGUGAAGCAGGGCGAUGCACAGUGCUACACAGGCGCAACUUGCCUGAGGUACGUGAGCUGGCAUGGAGCGAUGUGCACGGUGCGUUGGGCUGACGCAAGGGUCGCACACGAGGUUGUUUCUCGUGCGGCGAGCAUUGUAACCCCUGGGGAGA